ACGGUUCCGGCGGAUAUUUUCAUCUUUCGUCGCCUCUGCUUCUCUCCUUGAGAAUUAUUAUCGGGAGAACAUCCGACAUGCCCUGCCCCGCUCUUCUCCUUCGUCCGAAAUCUCUUCUUCCAUCGAUUUGUAUGACCUUAUUUCUCGCAUUCUAAGUGAUUCCGUAGGAGAGCAAUGCCGAUUUCUAUGGAGCUUCCCGUUUUCUCCACUCUCCGAGUACCACUGUUCUCUCGUUUAUCUCACAUUCAUGCCUUUGGCAUUCCAUUUUCGUCCCUUGGAGUUUCCGCUGGAUCUACUUCUCGAUUGAAAUGUAACGCUCGAAAGGCGCGUCGGAUUUGCGUGGUGUGCUUGGUGAGGGAUUCGGCUUCGAUGGAGACGUGCGAGAGAGAUGAACAUGGAGCUGGAGAUGGGUCUGAGUUCAUCGAGGUCGUUGUCAUCGGUAGUCGCAAGGAGUCUAUCAUCGAUUCCUGCUCGGAUUCUCCUUUUCCUUCUCUUCCUCUCCGAUUUUGGAGUAUUAGCAGGGACAGCUCUGGAGAUUUAGCCUUACAGCAGAGGCUCAAUCACGAAGAAAAUGUUUCCAAGACCAUGAAUCCAAUUGAGCUGACACAAUCACGUCCAAGGGCCUUCAUCCUUGUGGUUAGUGCUGGAUAUGGUUCCGACCAGGUUGAAGCUAUUAAUAUUCUUAGUGCAGUAAGAUCUGGAGGUAGCUUCGCUGUUGUUGUGCUAUUAAAGCCUUUCAGCUUUGAAGGGCGAAGGCGUCUAGAAGAGGUUAACGAAUUGGCUAGAAAACUGCAGCAGCACACUAGUUUCUGUAUAGAUAUCGACAUAGAGAUUUUACUACAGAAGGAUUUGGUUACUUUGGACGAGGCGCUGAGAAAUGCAAACAAUGCUGUCUCAAUGGCAAUAAAUGCAGCCUCUGCUCUGAUAAGUGGGAUGCAUGGAAACUUUAUCGACGUGAUGCAUAAAGAUCUUAAAGAACUUGAAGGUUCAGAAGUUACAAUGAUUCUAGAAAGCUACAAAGAGGCAAAGGUUGGUUUUGGAGUUGGUCACAACCUUAAGACUUCUAUUUUACGAGCUAUAUACGACUGCCCUUUCUUUCGCCCUGGUAUUAAGGAUCUAGGCGCUAUUAUAUGCACUGUGGCUACUUCGGUAGCUCUUCAGAAGAAGGAUGUGAAAACAAUUCUACGUACUUUUCGUCAAACAAUGGAGUACACUGGAGAUAUCAUAGUAUCUGCUGUUCAUGAACCGGAUCUGGAGCCUAAAGUCCUCGUCACAACUUUUUUUAUUCUAAGUUGUUCAGAAGAGGAAACUUCCAGCAAAGGCAACAUUUUUUCUGGUCUUUUGCCUUUUGUUUCGAAUAUAUUUAAGAGAUAUCGUUCACAACUCCAAAACGAAACGAAUAUUGGAGUUGGAGAUGCGCCAGUUGCAUUGGAAGAUUCAGCAGAUGCUACUGACUUAGAAAGGUCCAGUCAGAGUGUUGAAGGAUUUGAAAGUGACUCUGAAGAACUCCUAGGAGUUUCUGAAAAUAGUGAUAGUGAAUACCCAGUAAAAGAGGGGGAACCAUCUAGAAAUAGUCGUCUGGAUCUUGGAGAUGAAAAUAUAGAAGAUUAUGGUGCUAUCCAGAGGGAGCCAAUUGCUAAUUGGAGUGUGGAUCCAGGAUAUCAGAUUGAACAAAAAAGGCCAGCUGAUUCUGGAGAUACCACAGUGCUUAGCCUUGGUAUUGUCAACCUUCCUGUUGGUGUGAGACCUUCAAAGAAUCUGAACAGUAGUCUCAGUGUCGCCAGUCAACCCUCCAGGACGGUGGAUUCCAGAGAUGAAUCAUUCUUCAACCCUAAUAGCUCGACAAAAGACUCUAGUGAUACUGCAUCCACCCUGCUAUCUGAGAAGUAUGCUGAUUUUACAAAGCAAAAAAAUCUAUCUGCUCGAGCAGCGUCUAUGCUGGAAGCUGAACGAGAUUCAUCAAAAAGAUGGAGUCCUAUUCUAGAGAUGCAGUACAGAGGAGGACUGUUCAAGGGAAGAUGCCAAGGAGGCCUUCCCGAAGGAAAGGUAAUCCGCCUUGUUGAUUCUGGUCUUAUGUUUGACAGCUUUCUAGUGAAUCCCAGAGUAAUGGCUGAAUUUUCCCACCAGGGUCGAUUGGUACUUGGAGAUGGAAGUAUAUAUGAUGGAAUGUGGCACAACGGUAAAAGAUUUGGUCUCGGAACGUUCUACUUCAAGAAUGGAGACGUGUUCCAAGGCACAUGGAGAGAAGAUUUAAUACACGGAAAGGGCUGGUUUUACUUCCACAAAGGUGAUCGAUGGUUUGCAAAUUUCUGGAAAGGAAAAGCCAGCGGCGAAGGACGGUUCUAUUCAAAGUCCGGUGAGAUAUUCUUCGGACAUUUCAAAGAUGGAUGGCGACAAGGUCAGUUCCUCUGUAUAGAUGUGGAUGGAACAAGAUACUCUGAAACAUGGGACGACGGUGUUCUUAUUGACCGGAAACAAGUGGACGCCGUAGAUUAAUAUCGUCCGUCACAUGUUGUAAUUUGUAUAGUGCAGGUCGACUUUUUGUCUUUUCUGAGGUUACUAUUACAAAACUUAAUGCAUAAAAGUAUUCCUUUGACUUUACUCUAUUUGUUGCUCUUUUUUCUUUCCUUGAUUAGAUGUUAAAAAGAAACGAAUCCAAUUCCAAAGCUACCGGACUUUUGUUUCCUU